ACUGUGUGCCUAGUCUGCGUUCUACUUGGCUCUUGGGUUCUGCCAAUUGUCGAAUUCAAGUCGAAUUUACACAAAAUUAAAUUUAGCUGUUUUGUAGUCAAUUUGUAUUAGAAUUUUUCUACUCAACAGUGUCCUUAGAAUGUAACAAAUAAGUACUUCUAAUUAAAGUGCAGUAAAAUGGGAACUAAUGGUAAUGGCCGCCGCGGCGGCACUAAAAUACCUGAUGUCCGCCGACCUAUGGAAGAAGGUGACUGUAUCGAUAUGGAAAGCCCUGAGCUGGAUUUUGUGUACGACGACUGCGACACUCAAGCUAAUGAGAUAGCUGAACUCUACAGCUACACAGAACAUCCGGAAUUUCAAUAUAACGUGAAAGCUUUCGAGGAGAUAAUGGAAGAAUUCAAUUUCCCACCGAGUUGGCAGAGAUUGUCGAGUACACAGCAACGCACUGUUGUAAUGAAGCUCUUGGAGCAUCUGGAUGUAGCCGUGAGUGAAAUACGAAUGCGAGCAACGAGGUGUAUACUAUAUCUGGCUCAGGGCUGCUGGGCUGAGAUGCAGUCUGAUGCAGAACAAGCUUACUGGGCUCGUGUUAAUAUAAUGACUUUGUAUGAUAUGGGAACCUUCGCUGCUUUUGUUGAGCUGUUAAAUCUAGAAAUAGUGAGGAGUAGUGCUGCGGUAGCAUCUAGAAAACUUGCUGAAUCUCUUGCGGACUCUACUAACUUAAGAGUAAUUCUAUCUGUUUUGUACCUUAUAACAGAACAUAUGAGAACUGAAAAAGACAAUCAAGAGUUAGAGUAUGCCCACCUAGUGAAAACAUUCAAGGAUGAAAUUGGGUCACCCUUUGGGGAUGAAAUGUUACCUGUUAAACUACUGGGUAUGGUAACUCAAUUAUGUAAUGGGACUACACCUCAUUUUCCAAUGAAAAAAGUAUUACUGCUUUUAUGGAAGAUAUUACUUGUUUAUCUUGGGGGUUCAAAGCAGUUAAAAGAACGAAAAGCUAAGCUUAGGGAGAAGUAUGGUUUGCCUCCUGUGACAGAAGACACUCUUGAAAUUAUAAAAAGCAUGCGUUCAAGCUCUCCCCCUCCCAGUGCGGCAGAUAUAUUAGAGAACCAAAACCCUGGACAGAGAAAACUGAAGGAGAACGAAAGAGCACUUCGUAGGCAGACAUUCAUUAAACAAACAUCCCUAGAUGAAUCUGAUGAGCAAAUUUUUGUUGACAAAGAAGAAACUGGCAAUGGAUCUGAAGAUUAUUCAAUGGAGUUUCAGUCUAUGUCCUCUGAUAAUAAUCAAAAUGCUAAUACAAAUCCUAAUUGCCCAUACUACAUGUGUAUUAAACGUUUUGAUAGUCCCCCUCCACCUCCACCACUGCCCAGAAGUUUACCCUGGAGAUCUAAAGUUCGUCAAAAAGAUAUUGACAUGUUUUUAGACAAUGUAAGGAUAAAAUUUGUUGGAUACUCCCUUCCCGGUGAUAGAAAGACAAAAGCUGGUUUACCUCAACCUAUUCAUGAGGGUAUAGAGAUAUUGAAGAAGCAUAUGUACACAAGCCUUGCUGAAGUUCAAGCUGAAAGAGAAUAUGAAAUUGGUAGAAGUCCUUUAACUAGAGGUGAAAAAGAUGUUGAAGAGACUGAGGUGGAAAUUCUGUACAAAGCAAUGUUACCUAAUUUACCACAGUAUAUGAUUGCUCUACUAAAAAUACUUUUAGCUGCCACACCUACAUCAACAGCGAAGACUUACUCAAUGAACAUUAUGGCUGAUGUACUGCCCGAGGAAAUGCCCAUGACAGUACUUCAAUCAUUAAAACUUGGUAUUGAUGUCAACAGGCACAAAGAGAUUAUUGUUAAAGCAGUAACAGCAAUCUUAUUGCUAUUGUUAAAACAUUUUAAAUUAAAUCAUGUGUAUCAGUUUGAAUUUAUGUCCCAGCAUCUUGUGUUUGCAAACUGCAUGCCUUUAGUACUAAAGUUUUUUAAUCAGAACAUUUUGUCUUAUAUUGGGGCGAAAAACUCAAUACCAAUUUUUGACUUCCCUGCUUGUGUAAUAGGUGAACAGCCAGAGUUAACCAAAGAAUGUUUGGACAUUGGAGACUCAUCAGUUCCAUACUCUUGGAGGAAUGUCUUUUCAUGCAUUAACCUUUUAAGAAUUUUAAAUAAAUUGACAAAGUGGAAGAAUGCAAGAAUUAUGAUGCUUGUUGUAUUCAAAAGUGCUCCAAUUCUUAAACGUACACUUAAAGUGAGGCAUGCAUUAAUGCAGUUCUAUGUGUUGAAGUUGUUAAAGAUGCAAACCAAAUACUUGGGACGGCAAUGGAGAAAAACAAACAUGAAGACUAUUAGUGCAAUAUACUCUAAAGUACGUCACAGAUUGAAUGAUGAUUGGGCUUUUGGGAAUGAAGUUGAUGCGCGACCUUGGGAUUUUCAAGAUGAAGAAUGUGCUUUGAGAGUCAGUGUAGAUCGCUUCAAUCAAAGACGGUACGGUUCUGGUGUGGACCAUGAGGGUGAACUAACUCCAGUUGAUACAGAUUUAAAUAGUGUACUAGACACAAUUAUAGAUCUAGAUGAAGAAUUUAAAACAAACUAUGAAUUAUGGCUUGACCAAGAGGUAUAUAAUAAUGAAAUCAAUUGGGAUGUAUUACUCUCGGCAUGAAAUAAAAAUAAUCGUAUGAUAUAGUGGAUAUAGUAUAACACUUUCCUCUUUUAAAUGAUUUACAUUUAAUCAAUUGUAAACAUGGUUUUUUUAUAUAUGUACAUAUUUUCUUAUUUCUGUCAUGCUGUAUUCAUGACUAAUGUGUAUAGACUUUUUUAAAUUGGUACCAGCAUACAUUUUAUCGUUAACAAAUUAAGGUAAUAUAACAAAGUUUGAAAAUUACUUUAUUAGAUAUAACUUAACUUUUAAACAAAUACAUUUGUGUGUUCCGAAAUGAUUAAAAUGGAUAUAUCGUGCUUUUUAUACUUUUAUUAACAUUUCAGUAUUCAAUCAUAAUUUUGUAAAUUAGAUCUAGGAUAUUGAGUAUUCUGAUCCAUGAAGUAUUCUGAUUUCUGAAACAUGAUAGUAUUCAAAUUUCGAGGGAUUCAAAUCAAUCAAUUGAAUUACAUUCAUGAUAUUGUAGCAAUUCAUAAUAAGUAUUUCACAUCAUGUUUAUUUUAAAAAUUAUGUUAAAAUGUUAGUAAUGUUGCCCAUUGUUGGUUUGUAAAUUAUGUAUUCCUAGUAAAUAAAAGGGCAAUAGAUCUGUAAAAUAAAUGUGUAAAGAUUACUAUGUGAUAUUAGUUUUGCAUUGUGCUUUUGAGUGUAUUACUAAUAUAACAUAGGCUACCGAAAUGAUCUGGAAUAGCAAAUGUUUUUUCGUGCAUGGUUAACAUAGGCAGGAGAUAUUUUCUCCAUAGGGAAACAACAAAAUAUUUAUCUCCCACAGUUUUAUCCACUCUGUGAAAGAUCCUUACUUUCUCCCGUAGUAUUGCAUUGUCUAGACCGCUUCCGAACUCUACAUGACUAUCCUUACAUUGUGCUUAAGCCGUAACGUUUAUUUAUAUCUAUCUAUCUAUCUAUCUUGUAGUGGGGCCCGUUUUGGCGAAUGCACUUCAACCAUUCAAGGUCUUUUUUACCCAUCCUUAAAUCCUCAUCACCCUAAAUAGGUUCAAAUACCCACUCAAAGAGAACGAUUGAUCGAUUCACUUCGGCCAAUAAUCGCGCCAAUUAUACCUAUACGGGUAAAUUUUCACGAGGGAUCGGACGGAUCACAGAUUUUAAUGACUUGACUAAUUAUUGAAUAAAAUUAUGAAGUUUAAAAAAUCUAAACAUCGGCAUGCCGCAUGAUUUUUAAUAGAUAAAAUAAAAUGAAAUAACACUUUGGAAACCGGAAAAUAUUUCAGUUCCAAUAGAAUAAUUACUUACAUAAAGGCGUUAACAUUAAAAUGCUAGUUGUGGUAGCGACUUAGUGUAAAUUAAAUUAAAGAGUUUAUAAAUUAAAA